ACAUGCACAGCAUGCGGACGGCACCCUUGUGAUUGGCCAGUUGAGGUCAGAUGACUCAGGUGUCUACACCUGUACAGGCUCCACCCACAGUCAACUGGAGCAGAGACAGCUCACGCUCAAAGUACAAGGAGACCUGAGGAUCACCAUGCCCCCUAACAAUGUGCAGGUGUCUCAGGGCGGCACGGCCCAGCUCCCCUGUGUGGUGUCUGGGGACAACGUCAGCCGGAAUGGUGUCCCUGUGCGACCAGAUGGUGGGCGUGUUCAGAUGUCAUCAGAUGGUAGUCUGAUCGUGAAUAACGUGCAGCCGACAGACGAGGGUUCCUACACCUGUAAUGCCUACACUGGAACAUACUCUGUCAGCGCCACAGCUGAAGUGCGCAUAAACAAGGCCUCACGGCAAGAGCUGGAUACAGGUCUUGGUGUGCCAGCUGAGUGUGUGGACCAGCCAGAGCUGGCUAACUGUGAGCUGAUAGUGUACGCCCGUCUGUGUAACAGCCAGUACUACUCUAGUUUCUGCUGUGCCAGCUGUGCCAGGCACGCCAAGGGAGAGGACAGAUACGGCCAGAUAGGGUAAGGCCCAGGGGGGCAACGAGGUCAUGGCCUGCUAGGGUAUGGGCCAGGGGACAAGGAGGACCAGGGGAUAAGGAGGACCAGGGGACAAGGAGGACCAGGGGAUAAGGAGGACCAGGGGGCAAGGAGGACCAGGGGGCAAGGAGGACCAGGGCGCAAGGAGAACCAGGGGGCAA